UAACAUAUUCAUCCACACCUACCUCAUUAUUAUUGACAGGCUGUUUUUGAAAAGGUUUCCAUACACACCGCUGACAAAUAGUCCGUGUUGUCUUGGCAAUGUUAGCAAAAGUGAAACCGUGCCGCUUGGACGUGUAGCUAGGCUAGCCGACGUUAGCACAACAAUCUACCCGGCCCGAUAACACAUUUUCUGAGGGGGGGAGUCCUCGGAAAUGGCAUCCAUAGCAGCGGCGGGGCACGACUCAAGUGUCGGCCCAGGUUCCAUACCCUUGGCUGACGCUUUACUCCCGGCGAGUAUAUUCGCGCCCGACCGGGGAGGAUGCGUGGACGACCUCGGGGAUGAGUGCUACGAUGACGGGGACUUGAUGAACGGCGAGCCCGAGGACCGGAGGGUUGACUUCACUAGCAAGCUGGCCCUUGUCAGCCCAAAUGGAGAGCAGUAUGACUCCUUACUCAGCCAACUACGGGACAGGAUGGAAGAGGGGUCCGGAGAAACCAUUUAUGUGGUUGGGAUGGGUUCAGAUGGUAGUGACUGGGGUCUGAAUGACAAGGACAUGGAGGCUGCCGAGGCCACGGUGCGAUCCAUGUGCGCACAACUAAACGCUGACCUCAUCCCGCUGAGAGAACGCACUGAAGCAGAGGGUUUGGUGCGGGACUAUCUGAUCCGUCGGCGUGUGGGGGAGCUGGACUUCCUGGAGGUCAGAGUGGCAGUAGUGGGGAACGUGGAUGCUGGUAAGAGUACUCUUCUUGGAGUCUUAACACAUGGAGAGCUGGACAAUGGCAGAGGCUUCGCUCGCCAGAAGCUCUUCAGGCACAAGCACGAGAUGGAGAGCGGAAGGACCAGCAGCGUGGGCAACGAUAUCCUCGGAUUUGACCAAGAGGGACAGGUGGUGAACAAACCAGAUAGCCAUGGAGGUAGUCUGGAUUGGACAAAAAUCUGCGAGAAAUCAUCCAAAGUUAUCACCUUCAUAGAUCUGGCUGGCCAUGAGAAAUACCUUAAGACCACUGUGUUUGGCAUGACUGGACAUUUACCAGACUUCUGCAUGCUCAUGGUCGGCAGUAAUGCAGGGAUUGUCGGAAUGACCAAGGAGCACCUGGGCCUGGCCUUAGCCCUCAACGUACCCGUCUUUGUUGUGGUUACAAAAAUAGACAUGUGUCCAGCCAACAUCCUGCAAGAGACAUUGAAGCUGCUUCAGAGGUUACUUAAGUCCCCUGGCUGUAGGAAGAUUCCCGUCUUGGUUCAGAACAAGGACGACGUCAUAGUCACGGCUUCCAACUUCAGCUCAGAGAGGAUGUGUCCCAUUUUUCAAAUCUCCAACGUGACUGGAGAGAACAUGGCACUGCUCAAGAUGUUCCUCAACCUGCUUUCAUCACGAACAUGCUACAGAGAUGACCAACCAGCCGAGUUUCAGAUUGAUGACACUUACUCUGUACCGGGGGUCGGGACUGUCGUGUCAGGAACCACUUUACGCGGACUAAUACGUUUAAAUGACACCAUGCUACUGGGGCCAGACCCUCUGGGCAGCUUCAUUUCCAUCGCUGUCAAAUCCAUCCACCGCAAGAGAAUGCCAGUAAAAGAAGUUCGAGGUGGUCAGACGGCCUCCUUUGCACUAAAGAAGAUCAAGCGGUCGUCCAUAAGGAAAGGAAUGGUGAUGGUGUCCCCAAGACUGAACCCACAGGCCACGUGGGAGUUUGAGGCAGAGAUCCUAGUGCUGCAUCACCCUACUACGAUAUCCCCCCGGUACCAAGCUAUGGUCCACUGUGGCAGCAUAAGGCAGACGGCCACCAUCUUGUCCAUGAAUAGAGACUGUUUACGAACAGGGGAUAAGGCUUCUGUCCACUUCCGCUUCAUCAAGACUCCCGAGUAUCUUCACUGUGACCAGAGGCUGGUGUUUAGGGAGGGACGCACCAAGGCUGUAGGGACCAUCACAAAACUCCUGCAAUCUGCCAAUAAUUUGCCAUCAAACUCCAAACCUCCACAGAUCAAAAUGCAAUCCACUAAAAAGCCGCCGUCUCGAAAAGACGACAGCACCUUGACAACUGGCGAUGAGGGGAUGACGAUAGCACAGUCAGCGGGGCCAAGCACGACACAACAGGGAGAGGGUGAUGAAGACCCUCAGUUAAAGGAGGGCAACAAGGAAAACAAGCCAAAGACUGGGGGAGGUGGAAGGAGAAGAGGAGGCCAGAGACACAAAGGAAAAGGCCAAAACAACAGCACUGCAGCCGCUGCCUCCACACCAGGAUCGGGAGGCUGCUAAAACUUCCACAUUGCUUACCUCCCUCUCCAUUACUUCAUUCUAGUGCAAAACACUCCUCAGUCUUACUCCACUUUGCCUUUUUUAUACCAGGGUUUUAUCAAACGGGAACAUGACGAGCAAUGCCCCUAAAAAGGUUUAGAUUUUGUGUCAUCAAGUCAAAUCAAAGGCCGCAAAGUAGGAAGCUAGCUUACUAAAUCAUUUUAUACACCGGAUUCUAUCUUGAUGCAAGAGUGAGGUAAACCCAAAAGAAAGGUCAGAUAAACACGAGCAGCUAAGUGUGAAACUCAUCCAUGCAUUCCCUGUUAAGUAAUUUUCAAAAUGUAAUUCUUGUAUUUGCAUGGUAUUUAUACUUCAUAUAUAAAAUGAGCUGUUGGUGCACCCUGAUGAGAAAUAAUUGAAUGUAGCAAAGUGCACAUGUUUAAAUUCUAGAUUUAAUUGUACAAGCUGUUACAUUUUUUAAUGAUCCAUUAUUUAUUUGGCAUAUAUGCAAACGUUAUACCCCAGAAAUCUUUUGACGUGUGACAUUCCUUCACUUGUGCUCUUUUACCCAAUUGUGUGCGCCGUGCUGCCGUUAGGACACACAAUGUUAUUACAACGCAGUAUGUAGACGUCACCCUGGCAUUAAGACUUGCAGUGCUACUUGUGCUACUAUAGUACUGCUUGUUUGCAGCUUGCUACUGUUGACAUGUUGUGUGAAUUUAAUCCCAUUAAAAACUGUCAAACUCG